AUGGAAAUAAAAUUUGAUUUUUCAACGAUUUUUGUGAACAAGCCCGUACAAAGGUUGGACCGCGGCCAACUUCUUCGCUUCAACCCGAGACGUUAUUGGGCUGUUGAAAAAGCGAUUGAUCAACUGGGCGAAAUGUCAACAAAAGUGAGUUUUUCGACACCCAAAAGGUACACAGAGGGUAACAGAGCAAUCUUUCAGGCUCAAGGUUUGAAAAGAACGUUGACUUCUUACAACAAGAUAUUGGAUCAAGAAGAAGAACAUGUCCUUUAUAUUAUGUGGCAAAACUUGGAAGACACGCCGUAAGUUGAUAUUUUUGUCGAUUUUUUAACGAAUUCUCUUUGAGGCAAGAAUAAAAUUGAAAAAUUGAAAAAAAAAAGUAUAAAAUUCCUGAGGAAUCAAGAAACUACUUCCUUUUCUUAACGAAUAAAGUUUACAAUAUUUGAUUGGACUCGUAUUUUUCACGAGAACUAUUUUCUACGCAAAAACUACUCACAAAAACCGCCUGAAACCGAUGAGGAAAAAGCAAUGUGCGAGCUGCUGUGUAUGCACAACUUCAGGCUACAGUAAGACUAUUAAAAAGGAAAAAAAUCAAAAAAAUUAAUUGGUUCGUUAGUAAGAUGAUCAUAAAGUCUUGAAUAAAAAAUACUCAAAAAAUAUUUGCACUCAUCGCGUCCAAGUAUUUCUUAAUCUUAUCGAAGCAGCCCAGCAAAGAGCUUCAAACAGAUUCUAAGUAUAUUAUAUUGAUUUUACUAGGGAACGUUUUUACCACCGGUUGAACUUUUGCUGAAACUUUGCUGAAGUGUACUUUAGGACCCCCUGAUUGCAGAUCAAGAAAAAAAUUUCUCGCAAUAGAUCUUGUUUCCGAGUUAUGGAGCUUCAAAGUCCGCAAAAUACGCAAAUUAGGCCAAAAAAGCGCUAUUUCGGGCUUUUGUAGCUUCAUAACUCGAAAACGAGAUCUAAUGCGAGAAAUUUUCUUUCUGUUCUGGAAUCAGGGGGUCCUAAAGUACAGUUCAGCAAAGUUUCAGCAAAAGUUCAACCGGGGGGUAAAAACGUUCCCUGGUUAGUUCUGGAAGUGUUUUCCUUCUUAUAAAACUGUAGUUCAGUCUACUUUUGGCCACCAAGAAAAAAAAAGCAAACAUUUAUGGCAACCCGUAUUACAAUUAUUCUUUCAUUAGUUUUUAUUUUUCAUUUGAAAACACCAUAAUCGUGAAUAUAUAUUACAUCUUUGCAGAAACACAAGCCUCUUGAUUGGUUUGUUAAAAGUUGGAAACAAAAGGCUUUAUUUGACGGAUCGAAAGCAGAACCAAUACGAGGAGCGCCCUUUAUGCAUUCUCGACUUCUACAUUGCCGAAUCCGAGCAGAGAAAAGGCAAUGGACACGAGCUGUUCGAAUACAUGCUGAAGGUUGGUUUAUACUUCGAAGAAUAUGAAUUUACAUCACAUGACUUCAUCUUUUUUCCAGGAAGAAAACAUCGAAGUUGAUCGCAUAGCCAUUGAUAGACCUUCCGAGGCCUUCUUGCAGUUUCUCAAUAAAUAUUACGAGCUUAAAGAUCCAGGUGAUUUCUUGCAUUUCUCAAUUAAUCCAAAAUUUGAAACGUAAAUUAAGUUUUUUUUUUCAGUUUGGCAGCCGACAAACUUUGUCGUUUUUCCUGGUUUCUUCGAGAAACACUCGCCGAAGGUUGUGAACACACCACGCGGUGGCGCGCGAAGCGAGAAGUUCUCGGCGUGUCCCCGAGAUGUUUCUCCGGCUCCCAUGAUUGUCAGUUCUCCUUCGGUUCUUUGCUUUAUAUCUCAGAGAGCUUUAUCCGAAAUUGAAAGGAAACCCGAUAUUUUUAUAAUUUUAUUGUGUUUUGAGAAGGUUUUAGAACUUUUUUUAAGGAUUUUCAAAAAAAUUUAAUGGAAAAAAACAGUGGAGAUCUGCGCUCUAAAACGGUCAAAGCUCGAGGGUUUUUUUUUCAAACAAAAACUGAAAAAUUUUUGGACUUUCUGACGCCAGCUUCGAGCGUCUGUAAUUUUUUACAGAUCUUUUUUUUGCCUGUUUUGAGCAGCGCUUUUUUAUAAUCAGGGUGAGAAUGCCUUUAACCUUCAUGAAAAACAUUUUUUUUAAGUAUCACUAUUUUAGGAAUAAUUUUCAGCCAUUGAAGUAGUUUUUUUUCUUGUUUUUUUUAAAAGAGACACUUAUACAAGUUACAUAAUAAUUACAGGUAAACAAAGGAAGAGCCAGAACUGACUCAGCGGCCGGAAUAAUUCACAAUAACGAGACUUCGGCUGCAAGAAGAACGGCCGAUCCUGAUACUCCACUCGGGAGGAAGAACACUCGAGAUUUUGGGCAUCAACAAAUUUGGUGAUGCCUUCACCCCCCUCUGAAAGUCCUUUUUUUCAAGUUCAUUCAAAAUUUCAGGAAACUAAACUAGUUUCAACAUGUUAAAUAUAGCUUCAAACACGAAAAUGUACCGUUUUAGAGAAGUUUAUCAUCAAUACACACUCUGAAAAGUGCACGGCACGGUUUCUCCGUUGAAUACGUCAAACUACUCGGUUUAUUUAAAUUUUAGGGAAUUAUUAAUCUCAUCUUCGCUUUUUGCUACCCGACCUUCAAAUCAUUUUUUUAAAUUUUAUAUAUACGUUUUAGAAAAAAAUUUUCUUUUUGCUUCAAGAGUUUUUGAAUUUUUUUCAGUCAGACUUACUUCGUUGUUUCCAAAAAAAAACUCUAAUAUUUGGCACAUUACUGUAAACUUUGUUCCCCAGUUCUUUUUUUCUGAUCUCUAUUAUUUCCGAACAUUAUCAUAAUUUACUAUGAGCUUUCGCUUCUGCCAUGGUUGCAAAUAUGCCUUCUGAUGAAUAAAAAGUUCUUUUUGAAGCGUAUUCUCAGAGGAAAAUUCAAUGGAAACGCAAAAAACGAGGGAAAAGUAGAGAACUUUUUUCAUUGAAAGAUUCCCUGUGUAUUUCUCAGAUUAAAGAAGCACAAUAGUUGUAAUACUUCCAGUGGGAAGCGUCAGGUGUCUGUUUCAUUUGGACAAAUCUGCGUUCUUCGGUAAUCAUUCAAAUGGUCUCCGUCUCUUCAUUUUUCUCAUGAGGAUGCCGAAAUAAAUAUAUUGGUCUGACUUUGAAAAAUCGACUUAUUGAGCCAGUUGAGCCAUUAUUUGAAAUUGGUUUUAGUCAAAUUUUCAGCAGCCUAAAAAUUUGAAUUGUUCACUUUUUGCUGUACUGGAAGGUCUUAAAACACCAACACAAGUUUUUUUUUUCGAGAGUGAUUCAUGUUUUUUUUUUGCUCUAAGUUCAUCGACAAGUUAUUUUUAGAGCGUUGGUUUAUAAAACAUAAAACGUUUUUUCUAAUCAAGAUUUUAACGAAUUUCAUCUGAAGACCGUUUUGAGACCUUUUUCAAGAACUUCUCGAAGUUUCUGGCGAAAUAUUUUGUUUUGAUAGGGGUUUUGGCUCGAGUUUGUCUGCGUGACCAUUCUCUGGCCCUCGCAUCCUGCAACGCUAUUUCGCUUCCCGCCUUUUCUGUGAUGGUACGGCAAAAAUGGUCAGCGUGAAACAGGCCUCCGAGCAACGCACGACGCUCCUAGCUGCCCCUUGCCAUUUCCCCCCGAGUUUUCUUUUGUCACCUUUUCUUAUUGAUUGACGAUCUCAGUUGCGCCAUUCUCUUAGUUUCAUUGUUUUAUUUGAUCAUCUUUUGAGUUCAUGAAUUUUCUGACAAACGCCGACAAAGGGAAAGUUCUGAAAACUCGGCUCAUUUUGAAAAAUUGCAGCUGACAAAACAAUUAAGUUUUCCAUUGAGCCAGUAGGGAUUUUUGAUUAUUUUAUGAGAGACAGUGGAAAUAACUCCAAUAGUGGGAUUUGAGAAGUUUCUGAAUGAAAAAACCUUAAAGUUACAUAAUCAAUCAAUUUUGAAUUCAUCUAGCGCACGCUAUCACUUCGUUUUUUAAAAAACACACGCUUCAAAAAGAAAGUCGAGUCGAGACGAAAACUUCGAGCUUUUUGAAUUAACAUUCCCAAAGUUGAUAAGAAUUUUGUGUUGAAAAGUUCUUCAUGAUUUGAUUACAAGACAUUGAUGAUUGUAAUCUAUGAAAUAGAGAGCUGAGAAUAAGUUGUACAUCUAAAGUUCGACAUAAACGCCAAAUGUAGAUUUGAAAAGCAUGGUCUCUGCAAUUUUAGAGUCUUGGUGCCAACUCAAAAGAUAGUCCUCGAACAAAGGUCUACACGACACUUUUUUUGCACCUUUGGAGAGCUCCACAGGCAAAUGCUAGAGGGAUUCUCGGCUCGUCAAAAGAGACAAUUAUUUUAUCAAGAAGGGUGUUUUGGAGGUUACUUGACACGCCUCUUCUCAACACUUGGGUCCUUUUGUUUCCCUUUGAACACGUAUAUAGUUGCGCAUCAGUUCUUAACUCUAGCCAUAUUUAUUUUUUCCUUUGAUCUCAAUCUUUAGUUUCCUUUUCGUUCCCUUUUCGAUGUUUUUAUUUGUAGAAUCUUUUUUUUCUUCUUAACUUCCCACAUUAGAAUCUUGGCUUUCUCUCAAAUCUGAAAAAAAAAUGGAUUGAGCGAAAUGCUGGAAAAAUUUAAUCGACAAAUUUUAGAAAAAAAAUCAGUCGAGAAAUUUUGAAAGUUUUGAUCAAUGUUUUUAAUUGAACUAGAAAUAACUGACAGUAGUUUCCAUUUCCCUUUUUUUCGAUCCAAUUGAAAAAAAUGAUAUAAAUAAAGAAACGGACACAUUACUUCCUGUUAGAACUUAUUUCCGGUUGACCGACCCUACCACACAAAAAAAAACCGGAAAAUGUUUACAAAUUAACGUUAUUCUUUCCAUUCUAUUGAUACUCAUGGCGUCAAUCUUUGAACUAUUUAUUUCUGAUAUGUUCACUGAGACAUCCGACGUUUCAGAAACUAGUAAUAUUGAAGCUGAAUGACUUGAAAUGUUUUCAGGGGCGUUGGGCUCUUUGCCCUUGAUAGAUCUGCAGCCCGGAUGGACUUCUACGUAGACCCAAGGUUUUUUUCAAUGAUUUUUUUUUUAGUUAAAAAGUUUUCGGUUUUUGGGCUACAGUAAUCCUCACAAAAAACGCGGUGCUUGUCAAAACUUCGAGUAGAAGUUUCAGAGAGUUUUUAAUUGUUGUAACAAAAGUAUAAACUCAAAAAAAGCAACAUGAUCUUCAAGAACCUCAAUUUUUGGGCAGCUUUUCUACUUUUUCGGAGAACAUUUGGUAAAUUAUUUCGAAUCUAGGGCUAUGGCGUUUUUGGAACAUCAUGAUUUGUUUGAAACCCGAAAAGCGUGAAGUUUUCAUUUUUUGCAUUUUCUUCAAGCACAGAUUACAAAUCUCUGUGAAUUCACGAUAUUCCGCUUUUCAUUCAGUAUUUAUUCGAACAUUUUCGAGCUGUUUUUUUCAAAUUUGAAUUUUAUAAUAAAGAAUAGAGAGAAAUAAAGAUCGAAAAAAAUCAUUCAUUUUCUCCAUCUGAAUAAGUUAAAGACAUUAGAAAGUUUCGGGAGGAAUCUUCGCCCACUCUAUCGUGAACCGAUUGAAAACUGGAAAAAUAACAAAAAAGUGGUUCUCAUUUCAUAUUUCUCCAGACGGACAACGCUUCCUCCAGGAACGACGCCAGACACAAGAUUGCCUUACAGGUUCGGUUUUUUUAAUGUUGUUCUUUGUAUCAGUGGAUUAUAAUUAUCCCAUGGUUCAAAAAAACAAAAUCCAAUUAUUGAAACGACAAAAAAAUCGCCGAUGAAAAGAGUUUCAAAUAAACUUUGGAGAACUAUUUUGAUGUAUAAAACAAUUUCCUCUUUCAGGUCUCACGUUGAGCUUCAUUUCAGGCCAGCUUUCUCGUAGUUGAGUUAUAUAUUUUAAAGUAUGGGUACCUUUCAAAUUUAAAAAAAGUUCCGAAAAUUGAAAAAAAUCCGGAAAAAAAGCGUGGGUUUUUCCAACAACUUACUUUUUUUCAGAAUUAUCGGACAUGUUGUCAGAGACGAAAACAGAGGUGUCACGCGGGAACAACAAGAAUUUUACGACCGCUGGAAUUCUGUUCAGCCCAUCCAGUCUGGCACACUGUAGGUUUAAAUUGUGCAUGCACCGAUCGCGGUUUUCAGGCGAUAUCUUGUUAAUAACGAGUUUUUGUUUCGAAAAAAUAAACCGAUUUGAAGAGAAACACAAUCAGAACAUGCAAUGAUAAAAAAUUGUUUUUGCAAACUCGAGCAAAGCUUAAAAAAUGGUCCAACUUGAGAAAUCCGUCUUUGAGAAGUCGAGAGUCGUUUUUUCUGUAAUUUUUUUCACUUUCAAUGUCGAAAAUAGCUUUUUCAUUUUAUUAAUAAGAAAAAAAAUGGUCGAAAAUGGUCUAGUGUCGCCAGCGGAGAUGGCGUAAACCGAACGGGUUUCUGUAGGUCUGAACUGGUGUGGCUUCUUAGGACUUUUUCCCAUGACCACCAUGAAAAUAAUGGAAAUAGGAAUUCACGAUCACUGGCUAAGAUCCUCCAGUUAUGAAAUUCAAUUGGAAAUUGUGAUUACAGAAGAGCUAGGGAACCGUUCCAACGUGGGAAUCGUGGGACUCGAGGCGGUAACAGGGGUUUUCAACAAAAUUCUCCGAUCCGCCGGCAUGUUUUUUUUAAAGCUCUACGCCUGAAUUUAUAAAUCAAUAACCCAGUCGAAACAUUUCCUUUCUUUUUCUCAAAGUUUGAGUUUUAAUAAAUGGAAAAAUGGCUUAGUCAUACUUCAAAAUGAUGGUACUAAUAAACAUUUCAAUUCCAAUUUCAGCGGGCGAGGUUUUUCCGGUUAUCGGGAAAGGUCCAGUGAUCGCCUCCCGGAACCGCUGACUGGAAACGGAGAAGCAUCACAGCCUUCGUCGUCCAGGUUAGUCAUACUUCAUAGUUCCUAAUCAAUAUAAAUGAUUUUUUCAUGAAAUAAGAUGAAUAUUUCUUUAGAAGCAAGAUAUUCUCACAUUAUCUAUCCAUUUACGAACAGUUUUUUUGAAAUUUUUUUAUUUUCUCUGAAGGAUUCUUAAAGUAUCAAAAUUCGACUUAUCAGAAGUUUCGAAUUCAGAGGAUCAAGCGGAUACGUUCACUCUGGUAACUGGGAGACCAGAGGCCGCUGUAGGCGCUUCCAGCUUGGUCCUCCAUUCCGUCGGUAUGUUUUUAUUUGCAUUAUCAACAUUCCUGGCAUUUAAAGUGUUUCAAAGUGGUUUACGGGCGUUGCUUCUCUGCAAGGGGUCAAAAUACUUUAAAACUUUGCAAAAAUGUCGAACAUCUAUACAAUAACUAAUUUGCAGAAAAAGUAUAUGACGAAUACUUCACGCAAUCAUGAAUAAAAUAGUAAACCAGUCCAAGUAUUUUCUUGCAUUUAGACCUUCAAUAAAUUGAGUUUCAAUUUCAGCGGGCGAGGUUUUUCCGGUUAUCGGGAAAGGUCCAGUGAUCGCUUCCCGGAACCGCUGACUGGAAACGGAGAAGCAUCACAGCCUUUGUCGUCCAGGUUAUUCAUAUUUGAUAGUUCCAAAUCAAUAUAAAUGAUUUUUUUAUGAAAAAGAGAUGAAUAUUUCUUAACUAGCAAGAUUUCCUCACUUUAUCUAUCUAUUAAUGAACAUUUUUUGGAAUUUUUAUUUUCUCUGAAGGAUUCUUUAAGUUUCAAAAUUCGGCUCGUCAAAAGUUUCGAAUUCAGAGGAUCAAGCGGAUACGUUCACUCUGGUAACCAGGAGACCAGAGGCCGCGGUAGGCGCUUCCAGCUUGGUCCUCCAUUCCGUCGGUAUGUUUUUAUUUGCAUUAUCAACAUUCCUGGCAAUUGAAGCGUUUCAAAGCGGUUUUCGGGCGUUGCUUCUCUACAAGGGGUCAAAAUACUUUAAAACUUCGCAAAAAUGUCGAACAUCUAUACAAAAACUAAUUUCCAGAAAAAGUAUAUGACGAAUACUUCACGCAAUCAUGAAUAAAAUAGUAAACCAGUCCAAGUAUUUUCUUGCAUAUUUUCUCAAAUUAAUAGGUCUAGUGUUUCAAAAAAGAAUCUUCUUCUUCUUCCUACGCCUUUGUACCGCUUGAGCGGCGUCGGCGCCCUAGGUCGAUUAGCCGAGGUUCUAUCCUGAUAUCAGUGGACUGGCUCCAGUGACCUAUCCGUCCUUGUGUGAGACGGCUGGGGAUUAUAAAGCCGUGGUUUCCCACUACCAAUAUUUCUUAAGCCCCUUGGUUGGGUCGGGGCGGGGAUCGAACUUGUGACCCUGUGGACCGUAGACAAGCACACAACAUGUUGCGCUACGGCGCGCCCCAAUGUUUCCAAAAAGGAUAGUGCCUUUAAUAAAUAGAGUUUCAAUUUCAGCGGGCGACGCUUUCCCGGUUACCGGGGAUGGUUCAGUGAUCGCUUGCUGGAUCCUUCAACUGCAAACAGAGAAGCAUCCCAGUCUUCGUCAAUUAGGUUUUUCAUAUUUGAUAGUUCCGGAUCAACAUAAAUGAUUUUUUAUGAAAAAAGGAACAUUUCUUCAAUUGGAAGUUUUUCUCUCAUUUCUUUUCCAUUUAUGAACAUUAUUUAAUAUUUUCACUUUCUCUGAAGGAUUCUUAAAGUUUCAAAUUCUGACUUGUUUAACGUUUCGAAUUCAGAGGAUCAAGCAGAUACGUUAAUUCUGGAAACCGGGAGACCAGAGGCCGCGGUAGGAUUUACCAGCAAUGUCCUCCUUUCCGUCUGUAUGUUUUUUACCUAUACCUACAUAGUUACACAAAACAGGAAAAUGAUAACUUUUUUGUUGAAGUUUGAAAAACAAUAUUUUCUAAGAAACUUUGAAUUUUGAUCCUGAACACUUUUUUUCAUAGAGAGAAUAUUUUUUAGCUUUUCAAAAAACUACCUAGUCCCCUACUUACUUGAUAGUAAGAAUGCAGUAACUUUAAUUUCGAAACCACCUUGUAAUUUGGGGUCUCCUUCUUCAAAUAAACUAUGCGUGGUCGGUUUUGCAUGAGACCCCUAAUUCAAUGUUUCAUCAAAACGUUUUUAUCAAUAAUUUAAAACGAGUUUCUCAAGCUUUCUCAUUUCAUCCGCUCUUUAGAAAUUAGAAAUUUAACGAGGUUCAAUUCAAGACUUAUUUUUUGAAUUUCUCCUGACUGUUUUUUAAAAUCCGUAUAACCACACUUUCUCACCUCACAUUUGAAAAAAAUUUUUCAAGAACAAGUUGAAUUUCAAUUUCAGCGGGCGAGGUUUUUUUCUGGUUAUCGGGGAAGGUCCAGUGCUCGCCUCCCGGAACCGCCGACUGGAAACGGAGAAGCAUCACAGCCUUCGUCGUCCAGGUUAUUCAUAUUUGAUAGUUUCGAAUGAAUAUUAAUAAUUAACAGUUAAAAAGAUUUCCUCACAUUAUCUAUCCAUUUAUGAACAUUUUUUUGGAAUUGUCUUUUUCUCUCAGGGAUUCUUAAAGUUUCGAAAUUCGGCUCAUCAAAAAUUUCGAUUUCCGCGGUAGGCUUUUCCAGCGACUGCGUCAAACUCGUCGGUAUGGUUUUUCAAAAGUUGCUUCUAAUCAAAAUAAGCCGAUGAGUAUUUUAAAUUAUCAUUUGAACUUUUCAGCAGAACAACCCGUGGCAACCCAGUUCAAGGAACUUUAACGGAAAGGAACGAGAGCGCCGUCAGCGCGGUCAACGAGUUCCGCCCUACUCCAGGAGAGCCGUGUCUGCUUUUAGAUUUUGAUCUAAUUUCAUUUGAAGAUUGA